CACCAAGUGCAAAAUGGCGUUGCAGUCACUACGUUCGCGUGGCGCCUUCGGGCCAGCCCGGGUGGCUCCUAAGGCUCUUGCUCGAAUCCAGCGCCCAUGCAGGGCCGCGACUGUAGUUGCGUCUGCUGCAGCUUCUAAGGCCCCCACCCUUCCCUACCGCGUUGGCCACGGGUUUGAUUUGCACCGCCUGGCGGAGGGCUACAAGCUCAUCAUCGGUGGCAUUGACAUCCCGCACACCAAAGGCUGUGAGGCACACUCCGAUGGUGACGUCCUUUUGCACACCGUGACGGACGCUAUCCUGGGUGCUCUGUGUCUCCCAGACAUUGGUCAACUCUUCCCGGACACAGACCCCAAGUGGAAGGGCGCUCGCUCGGACAUCUUCCUCAAAGAGGCGGUGCGGCUGAUGGACGAGAAGGGCUACGUGUUGGGCAACCUGGACUGCACCAUCAUCGCGCAGAAGCCCAAGCUCUCGCCGCACAAGGAGAACAUCCGCAACAGCCUGAGCACGAUGCUUAACGCGGACCCCUCGGUAGUCAACGUCAAGGCUAAGACGCACGAGAAGGUGGACAGCCUUGGUGAGGAGCGCUCCAUCGGCUGCCACGCAGUCGUGAUGCUGAUUCGCAAGGACCUUGCUUGAAGGAGGCUGCAGCCAUGAUGUAACGUACAGUCUCGUGAUUUGACGGUAUACCGCACAAGUGCAAGCCUUUGUACAGGGUGGCUUUUCCAUAUUGUGUUCUAGACGUCGCAGGAGGUGCUAUGGAUUCGGAGGAACUGGCGGUGCAUGGCCUAGUCUUCUAAGCACGAGUUAGGUUUCUAGGUGGUUUUCUACAGCAGGUUUUAGGCUGCGCGCCUGCCAAGCCUUCGUAAGACAACCAUUUCGGAGACCACGGAGCCGAAAUGACGUGGGACUGAUUACGAACCCCCCCCCCUCGACUAAUCCUGGGUGUAUACGGGGGGUCUUUCCUUCUUCCCCCCAGACGUAGGGUUGGUUACCCGCACGUUAGUUGAGGAUGGUGUCUGGGUGCUGGUUGUUGUGUGAUGUGGCCUGCAUGUUGUUGUUCUUUCGUCUGGCGCACAAGCAGCACACAGCCGUAACCUGCAAAGUUUGCCUAGUAAACUAAUGACUGGAAUGCAAGGGUGCGUGGGAUGAAAAGAUGGACAUGGAAUGAUGUACGACAAGCAGUACUAUCAAUGGGGAGCCGGAGCAAAUAACCGGCGCAAACAGGGGGUAAAAGGAGGUGAGGGACUGGUGUGACCAACGUGUGUGUGUGCC